AUGGCCUCCCCGCCGGAUCCCGCCCCGGCGACCUCUCCCGCUCCAGCGACCGCACCCGCUCUUGAACAGAACCAACCACCCAACCAACAAACCACCCCCGCCCGGCCCGAACGACGCCCCAGGGCCGGAGGCCUCCUCCCCGCCCUCGCGAUAGCGCUCGUCAGCUGGCUCCUCAUCGGCAGCAUAAGUCACAGCCCGCCCGCCAUCGCCGCCCUCGGCGACGCCAUCGUCGCCCUCGAUGUCGUCCUCGUCUUCGUCCAGAUCCUCAUGCUCUUCCUCGCUCUGGACUGCGCCUCCGACCUGUGGCCCGGCUACGGGUCCGCCACCUUCACGGCGGCCGUCACGGGCCUCGGCGUCGCGUCGGCCUACGCCCUCCGCGCGGCGGACGGGUGGACCAACGGGUCCCAGGGCCUGUUCUGGGCGCUCGGCGGCAUGUACGGCGGCGUCGCGCUCGAGUGGCUCACGGGGUUCUGGGCCCGGCUCGAGAGGCGCCUCGAGAGUUCGGCGACGAGGGGGGAUGGUACGCUCUUGCAAACCGCGGCCGUGAAGACAUCAUAAUCUGGGUAGCAGCUAUCUAGGGCGUGCUGUUUGUCAUUAAACGGUGUCAAGAGAUGAGUUCUCAAUCAAACAAGUCAUGUACUAUUUUCGGAUCAUUUUAUCUUCUUUUGUCCUUGCACGGUAUUCCAACUGUCUGAGCUUUCAAUGACCACCAAGCCGGGACACCAAGUAAACCACCUGCACAGGCCAUGGCCACUUAAUGGUGACUAUAAUCGCUUCAGGCACAAGCUCGACCAUCAUUU